AUGACUACGAUUGUCAGAUUCUUUAUCACCUUUGGUAAAGCAAACGUAGUAGCUGACGCCCUUAGCAGAAAAGAAUACUCAGGACGCGGGGUAAAGUCGUUGACCAUGACAAUCCAUUCGCAUCUGUCCAUGCAGAUCAAAGAAGCUCAACUUGAAGCCUUGAAACCCGAAAACAUGGCAGGUGAAACCCUGAGAGGAAUGGAUAAGAACUUCGAAGUCAGGGAUGAUGGAGUCUAUUAUUUCAUAAACCGGAUCUGGACACCAAAGUUUGGUGGUUACAGAGACGUGGUUAUGAAUGAAGCACACAAAACCCGAUACUCCAUUCAUCCAGGUUCAGACAAGAUGUAUCUGAACCUCAAGAAACUAUACUGGUGGCCUAACAUGAAGGCCGAAAUCGCUACCUUUGUGGGCAAGUGCCUUACUUGUGCCAAAGUCAAGGUAGAGUACCAGAAACCUUCAGGUUUACUACAACAACCUAAAAUCCCUGAAUGGAAGUGGGAGCGGAUUACGAUGGAUUUCAUAACUAAAUUACCCAAGACAACGGGUGGUUAUGAUACUAUUUGGGUAAUCGUCGAUAGAUUAACCAAAUCCGCACACUUCUUACCAAUAAAAGAAACCGACAAGAUGGAGAAGCUAACCAGAACUUACCUCAAAGAUAUUGUUAGACUGCAUGGUGUGCCAAUAUCUAUUAUCUCAGACCGAGAUAGUAGAUUCACCUCUUGUUUCUGGCAGUCUUUACAAAACUCUCUGGGAUCUAGGUUGGAUAUGAGUACAACCUACCAUCCACAAACCAACGGAAAAAGUGAGAGGACGAUUCAAACAUUAGAAGACAUGUUACGAGCUUGCGUGAUAGACUUUGGAAAGGCAUGGGAUAUUCAUUUACCCCUUUGCAGAUCCCCUCUGUGCUGGGCUGAACUGGGUGACACGCAGCUAGCUAGAGGUCAAACUCCUGACAGUGCUCUCACUGGUCCGGAAAUUAUUCGAGAAACUACCGAGAAAAUCGUACAAAUUCGGGAGCGACUUAAAGCUUCGAGAGAUAGACAGAAAAGCUACGCUGAUAAAAGGAGAAAACCCUUGGAAUUCCAGGUUGGUGACUGCGUCUUGUUAAAGGUCUCACCCUGGAAGGGCAUGAUACGCUUUGGAAAACGUGACAAAUUGAAUCCAAGGUACGUAGGGCCAUUCGAGAUUCUUGCCAGAAUCGGUCCUGUAGCUUACAAACUUCGACUACCCCAAGAACUAAGUAACAUUCAUCCUACCUUCCACGUUUCGAACUUGAAAAAGUGUCUAUCCGACGAGACUCUUGUGAACCCACUUGAGGAAAUCGAGUUAAACGAGAGCCUCGGUUUUGUGGAAGAACCCGUAGAGAUUCUAGACAGGGAAGUUAAGAAAACCAAACAAAGUCGUAUCCCGAUAGUGAAGGUUCGCUGGAAUGCAAAACGGGGACCUGAAUUCACUUGGGAGUGCGAGGAUCAAAUGCAACAGAAAUAUCCACAUCUUUUUCCCUAG